AUGUCAGAUUGGAGAAGAAUUGAUAUUGACGCCUACGAACCCGACAAGUUCCUCAGCAAGGAAGAGCUUGUUCCGGACUUACCCGAAACACCAUACAGUGAGAUCCAAAAGGUAUCUCAACAAUCCAGAACAUAUUUGAGUAGUGGUAAAUUCUCCGAAGCACUUGCAUUAGUCUUGGAUACACCUCCUUAUGUUUCCGACGAACAAACCAAAGAAACCCACACCGAAACAGUGUUUGAGGUGUUGUGUUCGAUACGGAACAACCAUCAAGUUGGUGAGCUAAAGUCAUUCAUACAGUCCUUGACUCUGGACCAACAAGAUGUAUUGGUCAAGUAUUUAUAUAAGACCAUGGGAAAGUCUUAUGGAGCUAAGCAAGGAGGACUAUUGUUGAAUUGGUUUGAAAAGGUUGUUGAAGUAUCUGGCGAAGGACCCAUUGUUAGGUAUUUAGCUGAUAGAAGAACAGUAUAA